AUGUCUGAUAAAUCCAAUAUCGCUACGCUCGAUAGCACCCUCAUCGACCGUCUCCCAUCCUCAUCUAAAACCCUCUUCGAAGCCAAAGCCACCAAAUCCCUAACCUUCGAAUCCAUCGCCCAAGAACUCGGCCGCUCGGAAGUAGCAGUCGCAGCACUCUUCUACGGACAAGCCCAAGCCUCCGCCGCGGAUAUUGAAAAACUCUCACAAAUCCUCGAGGUUCCUCAAUCCAAACUCGAAGCUGAAUUGGGAGGAUUUCCGGAUCGUGGUCGUGCGGGUCCUAUGCCCCCUGUUGAGCCGCUUAUCUAUCGUUUGUAUGAGAUUGUCCAGAAUUAUGGUUAUGCUUAUAAGGCGGUUUUGAAUGAGAAGUUUGGUGAUGGUAUUAUGAGUGCUAUUUCUUUCAGUACGAAGGUGGAGAAGGAGGUUGAUGAGCAGGGGAAUAAUUGGGCGGUUAUUACUUUGAGGGGAAAGUGGUUGCCAUUUUCUAGGUUUUAG